AUGGCGAACGCAACUUACGGAAUCGUGCAGAAACCCGUCGUGAUACCGAGGCUCGAUGUAAGCGGUUUACUGGGAACGCCGUUCCCAUUCAUACGAGCGUACAGUUCUGAUCUUCUUUCCUUCAACAUUCAUGAAAAGGAUUUUGUCGCAUUCCUCGAUAAUCUCAGUAUCGCUCAGGCCCCACCAGUUCCGCUCCAGGCGUUGGAUACAGCAAGCCAUGUCGUAGGCAUUGUACCGCACCAUUGGGCAAUGAUUGCUGGUACCAGCAUGAACAUGGUAGCCGGAAUUGGAACAGCUGCAACGACGAGAACGCAAACCAGCCGGUUUUUGGAGACAGCAAAUCGAGAAUACUUUGCGCCUCGCGGGCUGAAAGUUUCGACUUACAAGGAAAGACAAUUGGCAGAGAGGCUUCAUUAUGAUCUAAACAUGCCUCCACUGGCACCCCUUGGUAGCAGCUCUUUGCCCCAAACAGUAGGACACCGCCGAUUACAAGUGCUCAUGCCUUACAUAGCACCAUUGUCGUUCAAUGUAUCCCCACCAAUGGAGCAACGCAAUGCUCUCGAUAGAUUGGCCGCAAAGCAGAUCGAGCGUCGUAUCAGAAAGAAAGAACAAGACAGCUACAGCUCUGACUCGAGCAUGAGCUCUGUAUCUAGUGUUUCUAGCAUUAGCUCCACCGAAAAUUUCGUGUCAAAACCACGCGCUGAGCUCAACAGUAGAGAAAGAAGGAAAGCAGACAAGGCGGAGCGCAAACGACAAAAGAAGGAGGAGAAGAGAAGGCGGAGAGAAAGGAAACGCUCCAGGAAGCAAGAUAGGAGAGACACCAAAGCGCAUGGCCAACCAGACAAAAGCAUGGAAAAAGACCAAAAGACAGUUGCGAAGAUGGAGUAUAUUGUCGUGGAGUCAUUACAUGCGUUAGCGUAA